UCCUCCUGAUCCCCAUUCCAACUACGCCGCCCCCUCCAUCUCCGGUCCACUCCGUCGCCGCCUCACUUCCCCACCCCGCCGCCCCAUCUAGCCCCUACUCCGCUGCCGCCUUAUCACAACACGAUGGAGGUGCCUCGUGGCUGAAGCCUGAAGGGGCUGCGUUCCGCCCAAAGAAGCAGGGGCAGCAGGGAGAAGGCGCCAGCAGCAACUCCGGCACAGCCCAAAUUCGAUUCCGUGGGCGGUAGCUCCAAUGUCAGUAUCGAGUCCUUUGGUUAAUCUUGGUAUGCCGAUAGCUAAUUAUAAGAAUUUGGAAAGCUGAGAUGACGAUGUGUACAGGAUAGACUCUUCUGAUAUUGAUCCACCUGCUUUCAUUUAGGACCAUGCGUACAAGAUGGUCAUUGUCUGCAACGUUAAAGCAGAAGGUGUUGUUUGCUGAGUUGCAGGGUGUUGAUUGCUAGAGGUCAAGAAUGUUUUUACAUCUCGUUAUAUUUAGCAUGCCUUGGAGAUGAUUUUGUUUGCUCAACUUAGCUUGACGUUGUAGCAUGAUCUAUCCUCCGAAUGCAAAUGGUUGCAUGUAUGAAUGGACAAGUGAUGGAUGCAUGCGUGAACCUUCAGGUGAGCAACAGUCAAGGCCUGUCUCAGCUUGGAAGAGGAGAAAGAAAGACUUGGAAGAGAAUCUUUUGACUUGAGCCUCAACAACCAUGGCAGAGGCUGUUGUCGGGCAGCUGGUGGUCAAGCUCGGCGCGGCGCUAGUGAAAGAGGCGGCAACCUUUGGCGGGUCACUGCUGUUCAAGGAAGCAUCCACCCUGAGGGUCCUCUUCGGCAAGAUCCGCAUGGCCAAGGCAGAGUUGGAGAGCAUGCAGGCAUACCUGCAGGAGGCAGAGCGGUUCAAGGACACCGACAGGACCACAACCAUCUUCGUCCGUGAGAUCAGGGGCCUUGCCUUCCAGAUUGAGGAUGUCGUCGACGAGUUCACCUACAAGCUGGAGGAGGUCAAGCAUGGAGGGUAUGCCGCCAAAAUGAAGAACAGGCUCAAGCACAUUAAGACCUGGCGCCGCAUGGCGUCCAAGCUCCAAAAAGUCGAAGACAAGCUGCAGGAUGCCAAGCAGAGGAAGAAGGAUUACACCGUCAUUGCAGGAAUCGACAGAUUUACUUCUGCCAUCAGAUCAAUGAAUCAAGGUCAAGCUUUGCACUUCACCAGGGAUGAGGACCUUGUGGGGGUCGAGGAGAACAGGGAUAUGCUGAUACGAUGGCUGACCGGUGGCGGUGGCGGCGGUGGUGGUGAUGAUUCAGAGCAGAGGAGCAGCAAAGUCACCACGGUGUGGGGGAUGCCUGGUGUUGGUAAAACCACUCUGGUUGCUCAUGUGUACAGUACCGUGAAAGUGGAUUUUGACGCCGCAGCCUGGGUAACUGUGUCGGAGAGUUACCGCAUCGAAGAUCUGCUGAAGAAGAUCGCCACCGAGUUCGGCAUCACAGUCAAUGCCGCAAACAAUGAGAUGAGAGGCCUAGCAGAGUCCAUCCACAACUACCUUCAAGGUAAAAAGUACAUCUUGGUCCUGGAUGAUGUCUGGACUGCGCGCUGUUGGUCGGAGAUAAAAAAUAUCUUUCCAACUUCUAAUUGUACUGGGCGAUUUGUUAUCACAUCAAGAAAGCAUGAAGUGUCACUGUUGGCAACUAGGGAGUCUGCAAUUCACUUGGAACCACUACAAGCACAUCACUCCUGGUUGUUGUUCUGCAAAGGGGCUUUCUGGAAUGAUGAUGAUAAAGAGUGCCCAUUGGAGUUGCAGAAUUUGGCUUUGAUGUUCAUAGCAAAGUGUCAAGGCUUGCCCAUCGCUCUUGCAUGUAUUGGCCGCCUACUCUCCUGCAAACCCCCAACUUCUGCCGAAUGGGAGAAUGUGUACAUGGGUUUGGAUUUGCAGUUGGUGACAGAUGUGAUCCCUGAUGCUCAUAUGGUUCUAAAGGUCAGCUUGGAGGACCUUCCAUACGGUUUGAAGAAUUGUUUCUUACACUGCGCAUUAUUCCCAGAAGAUUAUGUACUAAAAAGGAGGACGAUACUGAGGCAGUGGAUUGCCGCGGGAUUUAUCAGGGAAAAGGAGAACAGAACACUGGAGGAAGUGGCAGAGGGAUACUUAAUGGAGCUUGUGAACCGAAGCUUAUUACAGGUAGUUCGGAGGAAUCAUGCUGGACGACUGAAACACUGCCGGAUGCAUGAUAUCAUACGCCUUCUUGCCCUCAACAAAGCAAAGGAGGAAUGUUUUGGUGACGUGUAUAAUGGCUCUGCUGCUGGCACACGCCGCCUAUCAAUACAUGUUAAAAACUUUGAACAACUGAGCCGAUCUGGUGCAACACAUCUCCGUGCGCUCCAUGUUUUUGAGAGGUAUAUCAAUGUUGAUUUUCUGAAGCCUAUCCUGACAUCUUCGAACUUGUUGUCGACGUUGGAUCUGCAAGGUACCAAUAUCAAAAUGCUGCCCAAUGAGGUAUUCGAUUUGUUUAAUCUCCGUUAUUUGGGCCUUAGAUGUACCGAUAUCGAAAGCCUGCCUGAAGCAGUGGGGAGGUUACAAAACUUGGAAGUCUUGGAUGCUUCCGAUACUAAGCUGACGUAUUUACCAAACAAUGUCGUAAAACUCCAGAAGUUGAGAUAUCUGUACGCCCACACUGCUACUGGUGCAUUGGAGGCAUUAGAAAAUUUCAGUGGUGGAGUUAAGGUGCCUAAUGGCAUCCAGCACUUGGCAGGACUACAGGCUCUUCAGUGCGUCAAAGCCACUCCAGAGUUUCUGCACGAAGUUGGAGCUCUAAUAGAGCUAAGAACAUUCGAUGUAUGCAACGUGCAGAGUGAAAACUCUACUGAUCUGGGCAAUGCUAUCGCCAAAAUGAUCCAUCUUGUUCAUCUUGAAAUUGGCACUGCAGCUAAGAGUGAUGUGCUGCAGCUGGAAGGGCUUUCUUUACCCCCAACCCUUUCUUGGCUUGGUUUAGUAGGGCAGCUAGACAAAACAUCGAUGCCUCAACUUUUCACUUCUUGGUCACUCCUUAAUAGCCUUACUCGGUUACACCUGGUAUUCUCCAAUAUUGAUGAGGAAAGUUUUUCCUGUCUAUGUGUGUUACAUGGUUUACGCUCUCUUGAACUAGUUAAGGCUUUUGAAGGGAAGAGGUUAGAUUUUUACGCAGGGUCAUUUCCACAACUUCGGUUUCUACGCAUAUGGUGUGCGGCAAAGCUCAACCAAAUUGGAAUAGAGGACAGUGCGAUGCAAAACCUUGUCAUGCUAUCGGUCGUAUACUGUUCCGAGCUAAAGGUCCUUCCUGAUGGUAUUGAGCAUCUUAGAGCACUUGAGAAAUUACGUCUGGUAGACACGUCAGAAGAGCUGGUUGAGAAACUCCUGCAAAAUAGAGAUUCAGAUGAAUGCAGCGAAGAUCUAAUGAAGAUUAGCCACAUAAGGAAUGUUACAGUUGAACUGACACGGACAGGACUUCUGGAAAGGAUUAGGUGAUUGUCGCUGCUUCCAAGAUUCUGCAGUGCAAUGUCAAGCACAUUCUGCUCACUUGGAAGGAGAAAAUGAUGUUAGUCUGUUGACUGCUGUUAAGGAGAGUCUUUCGAACAUAUCCCGUCCCAUAUUAAGGCUCUGAGCUUGGGACGCUGUGAGGUGUUGCACCAGUUACAUCUGUUGCUAGAUGAGAUUCUGGGCCCGGCCUUGUUACUGAAAAUGAACUGAGUUGGUGGUGCGCAAUCCUGAAGAGGAGACCAUGAGAGGCUCUGCGACAAUGCCAACACAUGUGGUCUUCUUCCAUGCUGUGCCUGUGUGAGAUGAGUAUUCUGCUCAGCUGUUAGUUGUAGUUUCUGUUGCCUAUGUACUUUCGUUGGCGUGAUAAUAUUUGUUAUCGGGAGCAUGCUAAUAUCCUGCUGGAAGCUCAUUCUGCAGUGUUGCUAUAGUUUAAAGACUAUUAAAUUC